CCUUCCUGUAAUGUAAACACCAAUUUCUGCAAAAUGAAGUUUAAGUGAUCUGUACUGAUCGCAUUUAACGCAGAAUGGAGCCAGAACCGCCUGCUUCUGAAAACAAGACUUCGUCUGGAGACUACAGUAAAUAUGGCAUAACAAAUGUGACAAAAUACACCAAAACAACUGCGUUUGGCAAGACAAAGACGUUUGCUGGAUUACAUCCAAUAGAAUGGGCUUUCUUGGUGAUUUCAUCCGUGAACAUUCUCGCUGCAAUUGGUCUGACUCUGUAUCGCAUGAUCGUUGUCAUACAAGACGACCCAGGAUCUUCUGACUUCACAUUCACACUGCUGCUACUUAUAAAUGCAGCAUUCUCUGGGUUCUAUGUCAUCCACGGUGUAUUCCGAGAGCGGGUUUAUGAGCUGUAUGCACUGAUUGCCGCCAUCUUGGUUGUGACAAUGUACUGUAUUUUGGAGUAUGCAGCGUUCAAUGUGGAUGGAAGGACAACAGUGAAAUUGGUUCGAGUAGUCCUUGUAUCCGUCCUGGCACCACCCAACAUUUUUCUUGCUUGGAAGGUUGCACGUAAUUUUGGUUAUCUCGAAUUCAAGAUUGUUGGAGCAUCGGCAAUUUUGCAAAACAUGUACAGACAAGCUGCCAUAUUUUCGUGUUUCUUAAAGAUGGAUUUACAAGCAGCAAUUAGUUUUGUGAUCCUGGCACUUAAAGAAGGAACUGACUUGACUAUCCAGGAGCAGAUAAUCCUUGGUAUUGGAAUCCCGUACUCUCUGGUUUGGUCGGUUGGUGGCUGGAUUAUGUUACGACGUGAACUCAAACAUGCUUCUUGGGCAUUUGCAGUGUUUGGUUUAGUGAAACCUGCAUACUAUUUGUAUAAAAUUAUCACAGUUUACAUCCACAUAGAGGAUGAUCCGGAUUCUAUUGAAGAGACAAUAGUUUACUCCCUCCUUGCUGCAGGGGCGAUAGCUCUGCUGACGUGGUUCAUCAUUAUGGCUGAACUGGUGAUAGUUGUUAGAAACUUUGGACAAGGACUUCGAGAAAAAGCUUUUCUUCAGAGGGUGUCAGAACGUACUGGGUUGUUGGCAAGUCGCAGAGCAAAUAUGAACAGUGAGGUGGAGUCUUAAACCAGCUUGCAUUUCAGCAUAUAGCCUCAGAACAUGCUGGUUUACUGGCUGGUACGAGAGCAACGUAUGGAUCAAUGAAUACUUGAGUUGGCAGAUGUCACUGGAAAGCUGUGAUAAAGAUUUGUGUAUGGAGAAGUCCCGAGUGAUGAUGGAUGGAGAUAAUUGUUAUGUGUUGAGUGAUAUUCUUGUUUGUUAGUCUUAAAAAACCCUUGUUUUAAUGUUGUCACAUUUUAAUUUUAUUUUUUAUGCAUGAAGUAAAUAACUACAAUGGCAUGUAUGUCCAUUUAAAAAAAAAACUAUAAGUAGUUGUUGUGGUUAAGUAUUUAAUGUUUUUCAUCUUUA